CGGAACCAUUCGAAGUACCGUCGAGUGAUGCUGUCUUUUCUAGCCGACUGAAUGCUCUUCUCUCGGCGUCAAAUCGGAGUGUAAUCGCGUGUGGGCAUCGCGGCUUGACGCAGUGCCGCCAGCAAGGCACCAAGACGGGCGAAGAGGAAGUGGAGCAGAAACUGACGAGUGUUUGCGGCUGAUUAGGGGGACGUGAUGAACAAUGUUGCUGCUAGUUCCGUUACCCGCUGUCCACCGCCCAAGCGCUUGAGUCCUAAAUGACAAGUGCCUGAGGAUGUCGAAGCGCAGCUUCUUCGUUCGCCUAGUGCCGUGCCGCUGCUUGCGGGGCGAGGAGGAGGCGGUGACAUCACUGGACUACUCCCACUGCAGCCUGGAGACAGUACCCAAGGAGAUCUUCAGCUUUGAGAAGACGCUGCAGGAGCUCUUUCUCGAUGCCAACCAGAUUGAAGAUCUACCCAAACAACUAUUCAACUGUCAGCUCCUCCAGCGACUGAGCAUGCCUGACAAUGACGUCACGGUGUUGCCGCCGGGUGUCGCCAACCUCGUCAACCUCAGGGAGCUUGACGUCAGCAAAAACAGUAUCCAGGAGUUUCCGGAGAAUAUCAAAAACUGCAAAGUGCUCACUAUCGUGGAAGCCAGCGUCAAUCCCAUUUCCAAGCUCCCUGAUGGCUUCACCCAGCUCAUGAGCCUGAGCCAGCUCUACCUGAACGACGCUUUCCUGGAGUUCCUACCAGCUAGUUUUGGCAGGCUGACAAAGCUGCAGAUUCUGGAGCUGAGAGAGAACCAGCUGAAGAUGUUGCCCAAGAGCAUGCAGAAGCUCACACAGCUGGAAAGGUUGGACCUGGGCAGCAACGAGUUCACUGAAGUGCCUGAGGUAUUGGAGCAGCUGACUGGAAUCAAGGAGCUCUGGAUGGACGGGAACCGCCUGACGUUUUUGCCUGGGAUGCUGGGCACGCUCAAGCAACUGCUCUACUUGGACGUUUCCAAGAACAACCUGGAGAUGGUGGACGAGCAGAUCUGCGGCUGCGAGAGUCUGCAAGACCUGCUGCUGUCCAACAACGCCCUCACGCAACUACCAGGCUCUAUCGGCUCGCUGAAGAAACUGACGGCUCUGAAGGUGGAUGAGAACCAACUGAUGGAGCUUCCCGACUCCAUCGGAGGGCUGAGCUCUCUGGACGAGCUGGACUGCAGCUUCAACGAGAUCGAAGCCUUGCCGCCGUCCAUCGGCCAGUGCGCGGCCAUGCGCACCUUCGCCGCCGAUCACAACUUCCUCAGCCAGCUUCCCCCCGAGAUGGGCAACUGGAAGAACGCCACCGUGCUGUUCCUGCACUCCAACAAGCUGGAGUCGCUGCCGGAGGAGAUGGGCGACAUGCACAAGCUGAAGGUCAUCAAUCUGAGCAACAACAAGUUGAAGAACCUCCCCUACAGUUUCACUAAGCUCAGCCAAAUGACAGCCAUGUGGCUCUCUGAAAACCAGUCCAAACCCCUGAUCCCGCUUCAGAAGGAAGAAGACCCCGAGACCCACAAAACCGUACUGACCAACUACAUGUUCCCGCAGCAGACCCGAACCGAAGAAUACGUUCCCAACUCCGACUCGGAAAGCUUCAAUCCGGUCUUGUGGGAGGAACAGCGUAAGCAUCGAGCUCAGGUGGCCUUUGAAUGCGACGAGGACAAAGACGAGAGGGAAACGCCUCCGAGGGAGGGCAACCUGAAGCGUUACCCCACGCCGUAUCCCGACGAACUGAAGAACAUGGUGAAGACUGCUCAGUCGGUGGCGCACCGGCUCAAGGAGGAUGAGUCGAGCGAAGAGUCGGGUAGAGACCCCAAGACCCCCGCGGAAAGGAACCACAUUGGUGUGCAGGACGUGGGAGUCAAGGUGAUCGACGCUCCCUGCCCAAAUGGCCUAGCGUCAGACUUGGACGCCAAAGCUUGCAACACCACCUUCACCAUCCCAAACAUUCCAGAAGGCAUAUCUAGGGACACAGAGUCCGAGUCCUUCAGCUCCCAACAGGCCCCGCUCAAAUCGUCCGAGAGCUCCACCAUAAACCACGAAGACACGCUGGAGGACUCUGAGGAACUGUCGGACGAAGAGGAGGAGAUGAGGAUUGCCGAGAUGAGGCCUCCUCUCAUCGAGAUCUCCAUUAACCAGCCCAAAGUGGUGACGCUGAGUAAAGACAAAAAAGAUGACAGCAAGGACGCUGACUCGUUGCUUGAUGACACGGUGGCCAACAGCAACCAGAACAACAGCAACUGCUCGUCGCCGUCACGCAUGUCGGAUUCUGUGUCACUGACCACCGACAGCAGCCAGGACAACUCCCUGUGCACCCCUGAGAGAGAAGCCAAGAUGCCCUUCCUCCCCAAGAGCAGGCACGAGGAUGAGAACAUGAACCCCUCCAAAGACGCCGGGGAGCUUCUGCACAACGGCAACGGCUCGGAAACGUCCCUCCAAGCGCUCCUGAGGGCACAGCGGGGAGCCACGGAGCCGGCGGGUGACUACGACCUGUCUAUGGAAGCCCGACUGGCCUUCAUUGAGAAGGGACUCAACAAUGGCCUUGGAGACGGCUACACCAAGUGGGACCAGAUCAACAUGAACGUUUCGCACCCGGCGACAGACAACAUUGGGGAGCCUCGUAAUGGUUUAGUGGGACUGCAGGAAUCGGACGGCAAGCGGGGUUUUGACAACCGCCAUUUCCAGAAUGGAAACCAGCAAGUUAGCAACGGGUCCUCGGGCGGCGGCGAGAUGUCUCACAGCACUGAGGAACUGUCCCCUGAGAGGAGGUGCCAACCUCCCCAGGUCAGCAAGUCUCAGAGCGUCAGCAACAUCGACGUGGGCGGCAUGAAAAUGUACUCGUUUGACGGCGACGCGGCAGCAGAGAAUAGGAUGCCGGGCGGCAGCGGCCCCGAUCCAACGUCCACGGCUCAGGGCCAGAGUAUAGUGAGGAGCAAGUCUGCCUCCUUGCUGGACGAUCAAAACCUCCAAGUCUCUCCAAGCUCGGAGCAGCUAUCUUCCGCCAUACCUCCCACCAGCACCAGCAGGUACCCGGUGCCCUCCAGCGGGCCCACAAGAGCCUCCCCACCUCAGUACAACGUCCAGUACUCAAGCAAAGACGGCAUGUGGGCCCAAAGGAUGCCCAUGCCCCCAGAACACCAAGGCUACCUCCCCCCUGCCGCCCAUUCGCUCGCCAACACCAACUACUCUAACCGCAAUCAGGCACCACCGUACCCGUUGCAGCCCCAGCAAAGGGGGCCCCCCGUGGGGUCCAAACCUCCAGGGGACAUGUGGACCAAGGAGAGACUCCACUCUACCAGCAACCAGUCCAGGGGAGGCACUCUACAGCGGCAGAGCAGCGCCACCUCCACCUCCUCCGUUGGCGACUACCUGACCUACCGGGACAUUCACACCCUCGCCAGAGGCCCGCUGGCCAUGAGCCAGGCGGCACAGCGGCCCAUCUCCAACCGCACGUACAGCAUCGACAUUGCUGCUCCGACCAGGCCGCCCGGCGCUCGGCCGCAGCCCCACGAGCUCCCGGAGAGGACCAUGUCGGUCAGCGACUUCCAUUACCCUCACAGUAGCCCCAGUAAGAGACCAAACGUCAGGGUCAAGUCAGAGCAUUCGCUCCUGGACGGGUCCGGUGGACUUGUAUCGGGGGCGCCGGGAAGGGUGCCGGCCGACUGGAGGGACCAAGUGAUGCGGCACAUUGAGGCUAAGAAGAUGGAAAAGAACGCGCUGUCCCGCUCCUUUAAUUCUUAUAACGCGCCACUUGGCUGCGCGCCCCACCGCGACUGCUACUACGGCAGCUGUAGGGACGUGUUCGGGCCCUACGCCGCCUUCAGCGAUGACGUCUUUGGUCCACCCGGGCAGCAGAGCUACACAAUGGACUCGCGCAGAAAAGUCCCUCUGAUGAACGGUCAGGCGGUCUCGUCUGCUCGUCCCCAUGGGAGUCAGACAGCCAUGGCCCGCCACCCCUCCAGAGAGCAGCUCAUUGAUUACUUGAUGCUCAAAGUCUCCCAUCAGGCUCCGGGGCCCUUGCGGCAGCCGCAUGAGAUCCACGUGAAGUUGGAGAAAAAUCCAGAACUUGGGUUCAGUAUAUCCGGAGGAGUGGGAGGUCGCGGAAACCCCUUUCGUCCAGAUGACAAUGGGAUCUUUGUGACAAGAGUCCAGCCUGAAGGCCCAGCGUCUAAGAUUCUUCAGCCCGGUGAUAAAAUUCUCCAAGCGAACGGCUACAGCUUUGUGAAUAUCGACCAUGGGAACGCAGUGUCCCUUCUCAAGACCUUCCCCAGCACUGUGGAUCUGACAAUCGUGAGAGAUGUGCAAGCGUAAACAGCAACGGGGAGGGAGUGGGAGACUUAUUUUUGUACUCAAGCAUGGGGGGGGGGGGGGUUGAACGCCUCUUUGAAUGUAAGCAAGAUGACGCGGUGGACAAACGGGCUGUCACUGUGGUUUCUAACUUUUUUUUCAAUGGGGGAAAAAAAACCGCUGAAGACUUGUGCUCCCCUUCUGUCCGUGACCACUAGAGGGAGCAAGAUGCACCCUCUUUUCUGCCUGUAUUGUUUUUUUGUUUUGUUUGUUUUAGCAUGUUGAAGCAGCAAAUGGAGCGGUAGGACAUUAUGCGCUCGGAGAGUGGACGUAAAAGUGAGACACUCGGCCGAAUUCUGCUUUUUGUUCCAUGUGACCAAAGCAAGGAUGGCUGUGGGAGUGUUCCAGUAAGCCGGGUCCAUAUUUCAUCUUUUUCUUGCCUUUGUUUUAAUAUAUCUUCACACAUUCAUUUGGGAGAGUGCCACUCUUUUGCCUUUUUUUAUUUUAUCUUAUUUUUUGGGGCCCAGUCCUGUUGAUUUGACUCAUGCCGGGGAGAUAAGCAAGUGCCAUAAGACCUCGAACUGUUUCGACAAGCAAUAUUCACACUUGACAGCAAUAAAGCCUUUUGUUUUUCCACGUAGGAUUUUUUUUUUAACUCUUUUAGUAACACCACCAAUGAUUUUACAUGAUUUUAUAUAUGGACAAGAGAGUUUUGUAAUAGCACAUUAAAUCUAUAUAUUAUAUGUCUACAAUAGUGUGGAGACUAAUAGUCUCUGCGUUUUGUGUAAAAGUGUCACUUUUGUCAAUUAGAUGGUUGUUUGUCGUAGUUGACGACGGGCCGGUAAAUAAUGAAACGGUGAGCAUGUUUCGCAUCUUGUGUUUGUUGGAAAUUGUGACGUUCAUAUUCAUGUCAAACUGUCGUCUUUUUGUAGACAACCUUGGGAAAUCAUUCGUCGUCAUCCAUGUGGGUCUGUUUGGGAUGCUCACGUCUUAUUUAUUUUUAGCAGGCCAAUUCUGUGUUUUAUUUUUUUAGGCAUUACUAAUCAAAAUGUGUAAAUAUAUACGCACAGUGAUUUUUUUUUUCUCUUUUCCAGUUGCACAAGCAGCAAUAAGUUCCAAUGCAGAAGGCAUCGGUGUUCACAUGUAGCUAGUGUAUUUCUUAAGACCACAGACGUGCAUCCACGCGACAUUCCAGAUUUUGUACAUAAUGAAUCGUUUCUGGCGUAACACCUGUGGAAAAUAAACCAAUGCUCUUUCA